UCCGAAUCAAUGCUAAAGUACUUAUUGUGUCUUUUUUUAUUGGACCCGUGGAUUUCGAUUUGGUUCCGGGUUCUACUUUUUUAAUUAAAAGUUGGUUCUUCUUUUUCAUAUCGACGACGACUCCAUUCCUUUCAACGUAACCGCCAAGAAAUCGAUUUUGCCGCUCACCCCUGGAAUUCAGCAUUUCGGUCGUUUCUGUUUUACAUAAACGAAGAUGGAUGAUAGCGUGUCCCAUGUCUUGCUGGAGCGCACAUUGGCUUGGAUUAACCGCGUGGUGGCUAAGUUCAAGCAGGGUUUGGAAGGAGGCGAGUGGAAGGAUGAAGUUUCUGAUGAGGAGGCUGUUAAUCUCAGCAAGGAUAUCUCCAGUUUAUGUCCCCUGUAUGGUCCUAAGCUCUAUCUGUUUUAUGAACGGCUCUAUGGAACAUACUACAAGCAUAGUGUGUUACCAUGUGUAAAGAACAAGCAAGGGGAAGAAAUGCUUCGUGAGCUUUGCCAUAGGUGGAACAAUCACCAGCAUAUGGUUUCAUACCUCGCCAAGUUUUUUGGCGGUCUUCAAAAGUUUGUUCCGGAGCUUUCGUUUACAUCAGAUGAAGUUUGCUUGGCUUCUCAGGUUCUCUCCAAAAGGAAAAGAGCUGGAAAAUAUAAAGCUUCAUUGGAAGAGGUUGCCAUGGUGACUUUCCGAGAUCAAGUUCUCAUAGCUUCUGAAGCCACAACGGCCCUUAUCAAGAUGAUAACUGAUCAACGCGAUGGAGUUCUAGUACAUGAAAGUUGAAGGUUGCUAUUGAAUCUUGAAAUAUUUGACUUUGAUUUUUUUUUUGCAUUAGACACUGUUUUUCAUAUUAUGAUAAUUUGGUUUCCGUUUUAUGUUUUUAUUUUAUCAAUAAAUAUUUUUCUCUUUCAUUUUAUUUUGAAUGUUCUUUU